ACAAGAUGGCGGCUCCCAGGGAGGAGGCAUGAGCGCCCUGCCGUUACCGCUCCUCCUGCCGUACAGUUGCCACUUCGGGGCCUAGCUCUGCCUCUUUGAAGCGGUUCCUGUGGGAAGGAGUCAUAAGGAGGGAAGCGAGGAUCGGACGCUGCCUUGCGUUUGGUUUGCAGUGGAAGAACUGACCCAAGAGGAAGAGAAUAGGGGGGAAGGGGGAGCUAGUCUCAAGAUGGCGGCUCCCAGGGCGGCAGGCGCAGCCUGAGCAGCAGAGGCGGACUAAAGGGAGACGCUCGAGACCUCACGAGCCGUACGGCGCGAGCCUCCGAGCAGCCCUCGAGAACUCAAGCUCGUUUCACUGGCCUCCGGCGCGCCUCUAUUCUUUACAAGUGUCGAGGCUGUUCAGGGAGCGGCCUCUGCACUAAGCGCUGGGCGGGGAAGCGGGACGGUCUCAAGAUGGCGGCUCCCACAAUUGUGGUCUGAGCUCCGGCGGGGCUGGGACAACCGCGGCGCUUGUGGCUCAUUUCCACCCGCCCCGGAAGCCGGCCAGUGCAGGAGACUUGGGGGGGUGUGGGAACCGGGCCGGGGCUCCGCCAUUUCCGGCGGGGGAGGGCUACGACUGAGGAAGGGAGGAGAGAGAGGCGGCUCAAGAUGGCGGCUCCCAGGGCCUCCCGCUCGAGCUUCUAAGUGGGAGCUCCCAGGCAAGUAGUCAGGGCGGCGGGACUCGGCGGCCUCCAGCUUCUCGGGUCUAGGCGCUCGCCAGCUUCAGGAGGCUCUUAAGGAGACGUGGUGAGCGAGAAGAAGGGGAAGAGUAGAAGCGAAGGAGAAUAGUUAAGAUGGCGGCCUCCAUGGAGCCGUUCACCGCUGUGUGAGGAACCGCUUUUCUGUGAGAGACGCCUUAGACGAAAGGGGGUGUGUGUGAGUGGAAUUGGGGGUCUCUCUUCUCGCUUGGUGACUUUUUUCCACCGCGCCCUUUCCCGGAACUAUGGCUUCGGCCGUGUCACCCGCCAACUCGCCAGCAGUGCUCCUGCAGCCCCGCUGGAAGCGAGUGGUGGGCUGGUCGGGUCCAGUGCCCCGGCCCCGCCACGGCCACCGCGCCGUGGCCAUCAAGGAGCUCAUCGUGGUGUUUGGCGGCGGCAACGAGGGGAUAGUGGACGAACUGCACGUGUACAACACGGCGACCAACCAGUGGUUCAUCCCGGCCGUGAGAGGGGACAUCCCUCCUGGAUGUGCAGCCUACGGCUUCGUGUGCGAUGGGACUCGCCUGCUGGUAUUUGGUGGGAUGGUGGAGUACGGCAAAUACAGCAAUGACCUCUACGAGCUCCAGGCAAGCCGGUGGGAGUGGAAGAGACUCAAAGCAAAGACGCCCAAAAACGGGCCCCCUCCGUGUCCUCGGCUCGGGCACAGCUUCUCCCUUGUGGGCAACAAAUGUUACCUAUUUGGGGGUCUGGCCAACGAUAGCGAGGACCCCAAGAACAACAUUCCGAGGUACCUGAAUGACUUGUACAUCCUGGAACUGCGGCCAGGCUCCGGAGUGGUAGCCUGGGACAUUCCCAUCACUUACGGCGUCCUUCCCCCACCCCGGGAGUCACACACUGCAGUGGUCUACACGGAGAAAGACAACAAGAAGUCCAAGCUGGUGAUCUAUGGAGGGAUGAGUGGCUGCAGGCUGGGGGACCUCUGGACCCUAGAUAUUGAGACUCUGACGUGGAAUAAGCCCAGCCUCAGCGGGGUGGCACCUCUUCCUCGAAGUCUCCACUCGGCUACGACCAUAGGAAACAAAAUGUACGUGUUUGGUGGCUGGGUGCCUCUCGUCAUGGAUGACGUCAAAGUGGCCACACACGAGAAGGAGUGGAAGUGUACCAACACGCUGGCUUGUCUCAACCUUGAUACCAUGGCCUGGGAGACCAUCCUGAUGGAUACGCUGGAGGACAAUAUUCCCCGGGCCCGCGCCGGCCACUGUGCUGUAGCCAUCAACACCCGCCUGUACAUUUGGAGUGGGCGUGACGGCUACCGAAAGGCCUGGAACAACCAGGUCUGCUGCAAGGACCUCUGGUACCUGGAAACGGAAAAACCACCGCCCCCGGCCCGGGUACAGCUGGUACGAGCCAACACCAACUCCCUGGAGGUGAGCUGGGGGGCCGUGGCAACAGCCGACAGUUACCUUCUGCAGCUCCAGAAAUAUGACAUUCCUGCCACGGCUGCUACUGCCACCUCCCCUACACCCAAUCCAGUCCCGUCUGUACCUGCCAACCCUCCCAAGAGCCCUGCCCCGGCAGCAGCCGCGCCUGCUGUGCAGCCCCUGACCCAAGUAGGCAUCACGCUCCUGCCCCAGGCUGCUGCCACGCCCCCAACCACCACCACCAUCCAGGUCUUGCCGACGGUGCCUGGUAGCUCGAUCUCCGUGCCUGCCGCAGCCAGGACUCAAGGCGUCCCUGCUGUUCUCAAAGUGACCGGUCCUCAGGCUACAACAGGAACCCCGUUGGUAACCAUGCGACCUGCCAGCCAGGCUGGGAAAGCCCCCGUCACUGUGACCUCGCUUCCCGCAGGCGUGCGAAUGGUCGUGCCUACGCAGAGUGCCCAGGGGGCGGUCAUCGGCAGCAGCCCGCAGAUGAGCGGCAUGGCGGCGUUGGCAGCCGCGGCUGCUGCCACCCAGAAGAUCCCUCCUUCCUCGGCACCCACGGUGCUGAGUGUCCCGGCCGGCACCACCAUCGUCAAAACUGUGGCCGUGACACCUGGCACCACCACCCUCCCAGCCACUGUGAAGGUGGCCUCCUCGCCAGUCAUGGUGAGCAACCCAGCCACUCGCAUGCUGAAGACUGCAGCUGCCCAGGUGGGGACGUCUGUCUCCUCUGCCGCCAACACGUCCACCCGCCCCAUCAUCACAGUACACAAGUCGGGGACUGUGACGGUGGCCCAGCAGGCACAGGUGGUGACCACAGUGGUGGGUGGGGUCACCAAGACCAUCACCCUGGUAAAGAGCCCCAUCUCUGUCCCAGGAGGCAGCGCCCUGAUUUCCAACCUGGGCAAAGUGAUGUCAGUGGUCCAGACCAAACCAGUUCAGACUUCUGCAGUCACAGGCCAGGCGUCUACAGGCCCGGUGACUCAGAUCAUCCAGACCAAAGGGCCCCUGCCGGCCGGGACUAUCCUGAAGCUGGUGACGUCGGCAGAUGGGAAGCCGACCACCAUCAUCACUACCACGCAGGCCAGCGGGGCGGGGACUAAGCCCACCAUCCUGGGCAUCAGCAGCGUGUCCCCCAGCACCACCAAGCCCGGCACGACCACCAUCAUCAAGACCAUUCCCAUGUCGGCCAUCAUCACGCAGGCGGGCGCCACGGGUAGGGGCCUCCUCCAGCGCGCUGGUGUGACCAGCAGUCCCGGCAUCAAGUCCCCCAUCACCAUUAUCACCACCAAGGUUAUGACGUCCGGAACUGGAGCCCCCGCCAAAAUCAUCACUGCCGUUCCCAAAAUCGCCACUGGCCACGGGCAGCAAGGAGUGACCCAGGUGGUGCUGAAGGGCGCCCCCGGCCAGCCGGGCACCAUCCUCCGCACCGUGCCCAUGGGCGGCGUCCGCCUGGUAACCCCCGUUACCGUCUCCGCUGUCAAGCCGGCUGUCACCACGUUGGUCGUGAAGGGAACAACAGGCGUCACGACCCUGGGCACCGUGACAGGCACCGUGUCUACCAGCCUCGCCGGGGCCGGGGGCCACAGCACCAGCGCCUCCCUGGCCACACCCAUCACCACCUUGGGCACCAUCGCCACCCUCUCGAGCCAGGUGAUCAACCCCACUGCCAUCACCGUGUCGGCGGCGCAGACCACGCUGACGGCGGCCGGCGGGCUCACCACCCCCACCAUCACCAUGCAGCCUGUUUCCCAGCCUACCCAGGUGACUCUGAUCACAGCGCCCAGCGGGGUCGAGGCCCAGCCUGUGCACGACCUCCCCGUGUCCAUUCUGGCUUCGCCUACUACAGAACAGCCCACGGCCACGGUCACCAUCGCUGACUCAGGCCAGGGUGACGUGCAGCCCGGCACUGUGACACUGGUGUGCUCCAACCCGCCCUGCGAGACCCACGAGACGGGCACCACCAACACAGCCACCACCACCGUCGUGGCUAAUCUCGGGGGGCACCCGCAGCCCACCCAAGUGCAGUUUGUCUGCGACAGACAAGAGGCAGCUGCUUCUCUCGUGAGCUCCACAGUGGGCCAGCAGAACGGCAGCGUGGUUCGCGUCUGUUCCAACCCACCGUGCGAGACCCACGACACGGGCACCACCAACACGGCCACCACCGCCACUUCCAACAUGGCUGGGCAGCACGGCUGCUCCAACCCGCCGUGUGAGACCCACGAGACGGGCACCACCAGCACGGCCACCACCGCCAUGUCGGGCAUCGGAGGUGGGCAGCGGCGAGACGUCCGGUUCACCUGUGUGGCGAGCACCGUGACCGCCGUGGUCCGGGUCGGCAUGGCUGCCGGGGCGCCAGAUGGAGCCCAGGGCUCGGUCAAGCCCUCGUGCCAAACCCGCCAGACCAUCGCGACCAGCAGCACCAUGACUGUGAUGGCCACCGGGGCCCCGUGCUCGGCUGGCCCGCUCUUCAGACCAAGCCUGACCCUGGAGGCUGCUGGCCGUGGCGCCACACUCGUGCAGUUGGGCCCUCUGAGCACCCAGGUCAGGCCUGGCGGUGAGGGUGGCCCCCUAGCUGGCCUGGGCCCGCUGGUGUCCGUGGGGCGCCAGCCGGAGGCGCAUCACGCCCACACGACGUACACCGCCACCACGGCCCGCUCUACCGUGGGUGCCGGGGAACCCAGUGAGGUGCAGGGGAUGCCCGCGCUUGGGUACGAGAGCGCGCCCGGCGCCGCUGUGACUGCGAAGGCCCUGGGGGCGCUGCUGUGCUCCUCGGCCACCGUGACGCAGGUCUGCUCCAACCCCCCGUGCGAGACCCACGAGACGGGCACCACCCCUACGCCCACCACCGCCACGUCCACCGGGGGUGCGGGCCAGCCAGAGGGUGGGCAGCAGCCCCCCGCUGGCCGCCCCUGUGAGACGCACCAGACGGCUUCCACCGGUACCACCAUGUCAGUCAGCAUGGGCGCCCUGCUCCCCGACGCCGCGCCCUCCCACAGAACCCUGGAGUCCGGCUUGGAGGGGGCGGCACCGCCUACAGUUACUGCCCAGGCUGGAGCUUCGUUGCUGGCUCCUUUCCCAACGCAGAGGGUGUGCUCCAACCCACCCUGUGAGACCCACGAGACAGGCACCACGCACACGGCCACCACCGUCACCUCCAACAUGAGUUCCAACCAAGACCCCCCGCCGCCUGCCAGCGACCAGGGAGAGGUGGAGAGCACCCAGGGCGACGGCGUGAACAUCCCCAGUUCCAGUCCUAUCACGACAACGGUGUCCUCCACGCUGACACGGGCCGUGACCACUGUGACACAGUCCACACCGGUCCCGGGCCCUUCGGUGCCGAAGAUCUCAUCAGUGACCGAGACUACCCCAGGGGCUCUGACCAGCGAAGUCCCCAUCCCGGCCACGAUAACAGUGACCAUAGCCAACACAGAAACUUCUGACAUGCCCUUCUCUGCUGUUGACAUCCUGCAGCCCCCAGAGGAGCUCCAGGCCUCGCCAGGGCCUCGCCAGCAGCUUCCACCACGGCAACUCCUGCAGCCUGCCUCCGCACCCCUGAUGGGGGAGUCCGCCGAGGUCCUGUCAGCCUCCCAGGCCCCCGAGCUCCAGGCCGCCGUGGAUCUGAGCAGUACAGGGGACCCGUCUUCAGGCCAGGAGCCUGCCAGCUCGGCCGUGGUAGCCACUGUGGUGGUCCAGCCGCCCCCACCCACGCAGUCUGAAGUAGACCAGUUGUCACUUCCCCAAGAGCUGAUGGCCGAGGCCCAGGCGGGCACCACCACCCUCAUGGUAACGGGCCUCACCCCCGAGGAGCUGGCGGUGACUGCCGCUGCUGAAGCGGCCGCCCAGGCUGCGGCCACAGAGGAAGCCCAGGCCCUGGCCAUCCAGGCCGUGCUCCAGGCUGCGCAGCAGGCCGUCAUGGCAGGCACCGGGGAGCCCAUGGACACGUCGGAGGCGGCGGCCGCCGUGACGCAGGCGGAGCUGAGCCACCUGUCGGCCGAGGGCCAGGAGGGCCAGGCUACCACCAUCCCCAUCGUGUUGACGCAGCAGGAGCUGGCCGCCCUGGUGCAGCAGCAGCAGCUCCAGGAGGCGCAGGCCCAGCAGCAGCAGCAUCACCUCCCCACAGAGGCGCUGGCCCCUGCCGACAGCCUCAACGACCCGACCAUCGAGAGCAACUGCCUCAACGAGCUGGCGGGGGCUGCGCCCAGCACCGUGGCCCUGCUGCCCUCCACGGCCACUGAGAGCCUGGCUCCGUCCAACACGUUUGUGGCCCCCCAGCCAGUCGUGGUCGCCAGUCCCGCGAAGCUGCAGGCCGCGGCUACCCUGACGGAAGUGGCCAAUGGCAUCGAGUCCCUGGGCGUAAAGCCAGACCUACCACCGCCGCCCAGCAAAGCCCCCGUGAAGAAAGAGAACCAGUGGUUUGAUGUGGGGGUCAUUAAAGGCACCAACGUGAUGGUGACACACUAUUUCCUGCCCCCCGAUGACGCUGCCCCGUCAGAUGAUGACUCGGGCACAGUGCCCGACUAUAACCAGCUGAAGAAGCAAGAGCUGCAGCCUGGCACUGCCUAUAAGUUCCGCGUUGCCGGGAUCAACGCCUGUGGCCGGGGGCCCUUCAGCGAGAUCUCAGCCUUUAAGACGUGUCUGCCUGGCUUCCCGGGGGCCCCCUGUGCCAUUAAAAUCAGCAAAAGUCCGGAUGGUGCUCACCUCACCUGGGAGCCGCCCUCUGUGACCUCUGGCAAGAUCAUCGAGUACUCGGUGUACCUGGCCAUCCAGAGCUCGCAGUCUGGGGGCGAGCCCAAGAGCUCCACCCCGGCGCAGCUGGCCUUCAUGCGGGUGUACUGUGGGCCCAGCCCCUCCUGCCUCGUGCAGUCCUCCAGCCUCUCCAAUGCCCACAUCGACUACACCACCAAACCCGCCAUCAUCUUCCGCAUCGCUGCCCGCAACGAGAAGGGCUACGGCCCAGCCACCCAAGUCAGGUGGUUGCAAGAAACCAGUAAAGACAGCUCUGGCGCCAAGCCGGCCAGCAAGCGGCCCAUGUCCUCUCCAGAAAUAGAAGAAAGAAAGAAAAAGAAAGAGGUGGAGAAGGAACCCCGUGGUGGCCUGAGCAGUGUUCUGUGAAAACCCUCCCGACUCCCACUUGGGGCGUAGAGUAGCCGCCCGUGGAGCCUGGCUUCGGCCUCUCUGGGGUUGGGGCCACAUCACCAACUGCUGCAUUUGUUGUAUUUUUUUUAAGUUGAAGUUGAUGGGGUUAACAUUUUUAUUGUAAUUUUAGCCUUAGCGUGUGGGGUUUUGUCCCUUUCUUUGGUUGUUGUUGUUGUUAGCUGUGUACAGAAUGUGUAUCUUUUUUUCCCCCCCUUUUUUUUCAACUCUUUUUCUCCUUGGCUAAGCCUUGGCAGGGAUCUUUCUGGAGGAGAAGCUGGGGCAGCCAGGGUAGGAGAGGCAUGGAAUCUCCCCUGUGGGCCUGGUGGUUGCUGCCCAGCCCAGUUUCCUCUUUCUGGCCCCUGCCCUCUGCCUGUCCCCAGGCCUCUGGGACAAAGGAGGGUGAGCCGUCAAACCUCACUCCCCGUGGGCAGUUGCUCCACACCUAGAGGCUUGAGCUUGAGAGUCCGCUAGAGCCCGAGGUCAGUCAGGUUGCUGAGGAAGAUGGUGUGGAGGUGGGGGCCGCGGCAUGACACCCGGUCCCGGGUUCACAGCACUCUCCACGACCCCCAGGCUCGCUCCCCGGCACGACCGCUUCGAGCCUCCAACACCCACAACGGCCGCU